AUGAAUCUCGUUUCAAAACCAACAGAAAAUCAAUUUAAUUCACGUGGCCAAGAUGUUCUUCCAUUAACUUUUAAAUUAUUUCCACAACGUAGUGAAUCAGUUGAUAACGGCAAUCGUAUAUCACCAUCCAAUAAUCCUUUACAACGUAUUCUUUCACAACCAGAUAUUGUCAAUCCAGCAGAUACGGAAACUCUUACAUUUAAAUCAAUUCCAGCAUCACCAUUUCGUUUAUUUGGUUCAACAACAUCUGUAUCAAAUAGUAAUAGCAAUACAUUAAAAAAACUAUCAACAACGGAUAAAAUACGACGAAAACGAACACCAAAAAUUGAUGAUAAUAUUGAUGGACAAAAAGUAAAAAGACGUAAAAGUGAUAUGAAUAUGAAUCAAACAAAACAACAAGAACCUUCAUCAUCAAAUCCUCUCUUAUCAUCAAUAGAUAAAAAAAUGACAACAGAUACAAAUAAAACAAUUGCAAAUUAUCGAGAUAUUGGAUUUUCACCAGCUUCAUCAGCACAAAGUGAUUCAUGUUCAAAUUCAAAUCAUACAUCAGAAUCAUCAACUAUGUCAAUACUCAAUUCAAAACUAACUCAAACUGAUAUAACAGGAACAAUUAAUUCGACAACAGAUGAACUUGAAGCUAAGAACAGUCAAAUACAAACUUUAACUCGAGAACGAGAUGAAUUACGUCGACAAUUAUCAGAUAUUAAAAAAGAUUUUGAUAAACAACAUAAUAUACUUCAAAAAUGUCUGGCUGUUAAUAAAAAAUUACUUGUAGAAAAAUCAACGUUAGAACGAAAACAAGCACGACAAAAAUGUAUGGAAAAUCGUUUAAGACUAGGUCAAUUUGUUACACAACGACAAGGUGCAACAUUUGUGGAAAAUUGGACAGAUGGUACAGCAUUUACUGAUAUUUCUAAACAACAAGAAAUGAUACAACGUGCUCGUGAAGAACUUGAUCGUGAACGUCGUAAUUUACUACGUCGUCGACCGAAUUGUGAAGUUAAAGAAAAGCCACCUAAAACGCCUAAUUCAAAAUCAAGAAUGAAAGAUCGUACAGGUGCAUUUAUACCACAAGAUGAAAGUAGUAACGAUGGUAUGAAAACUAAUGAUGCAAAUAAAGCAUUAAUAUUAAGUGAAUGGAAUGAAUCAGAUGAAAUUCUACGUUUACGACAAGCAUCAUUAAAAAAAGAAGAAAUGGAUCUUCAAAUGGAAUAUGAAAAAUUGGAACGAGAAAGAAAUUUACAUAUACGUGAAUUAAAACGGAUUUAUAAUGAAGACCAUUCCAGAUUCCAAGACCAUCCUGUACUCAAUGAUCGUUAUCUACUUUUAAGUCUCAUUGGUAAAGGUGGUUUUAGUGAAGUUCAUAAAGCAUUCUGUUUAAAAGAACAACGUUAUGUUGCCGUUAAAGUUCAUCAACUUAAUAAAGAAUGGAAAGAAGAAAAGAAAGCAAAUUAUAUAAAACAUGCAUUACGUGAAUGUGAUAUUCUUAAAACACUUGAUCAUCCUCGCAUUGUUCGUCUUUAUGAUGUAUUCGAAAUCGAUACAGAUUCAUUUUGUACUGUUCUUGAAUAUAUCGAAGGAAAUGAUAUAGACUUUUUUUUAAAACAACAUAAAUAUAUUCCUGAAAAAGAAGCACGUUCAGUGGUUAUGCAAACUGUAAGCGCUUUAAGAUAUUUAAAUAAUGGUAUAAAACCACCUGUGAUCCAUUUUGAUUUAAAACCUGCCAAUAUAUUAUUGGGUACUGGUACAAGUAGUGGUGAAAUUAAAAUAACAGAUUUUGGUUUAAGUAAACAAAUGUGUGAAGAUACAUAUGAUCCUGAACAUGGAAUGGAUUUAACAUCUCAAGGAGCUGGAACAUAUUGGUAUCUUCCUCCGGAAGUAUUUGUUCAAGGACCAAAUCCUCCAAAAAUCUCUUCAAAAGUCGAUGUAUGGAGUUUAGGUUGUAUUUUUUUUCAAUGUUUAUACGGACGAAAACCUUAUGGUCAUAAUCAAUCUCAAGCAGCAAUCUUAGAAAAUCAAACAAUAUUAAAAGCCAAAGAAGUUGAAUUUCCACCUAAGCCAAUCAUAUCCGAUGGAGCAAAAACAUUCAUUAGACGUUGUUUAACUUAUAAUGUUCGUGAUCGACCAGAUGUAAAUCAAUUAAGUGAUGAUGAAUAUCUUCGUUCAUAUCCAAAACGUUCGACAACUAAUGCGUCAGCUCGAACAGCUCAAUUAUUAAUGAAUGACAGUUCAAAUUGA